AUGUCGCACGACCACAGAGGCCUGACUUUCAAUGAUCACACGACAACCAAGAGUCCUGACUUCAAUGGAUUCGCAACGACCACAGAGCCUGAACUUCAAAGAUCCCACACGACCAAGAGCCUGACUUCAAAUGCCUCGCACUUACCACUUUUUAAGCCUGACUCAAAGAAUCCAACGACCACCCAGAGCCUGACUUCAAUGAUCGCAGACCACAGAGCCUGCUUCAAUGGAUCACACGACCCCAGCGUGACUUCCAUGAUCGCCCGACCAAGACCUGACUUCAAUGAUCACACGACCACAGAGCCUGACUUCAAUGAUCGCACGACCACAGAGCCUGACUUCAAUGAUCACACGACCACAGAGCCUGACUUCAAUGAUCGCACGACCACAGAGCCUGACUUCAAAGAUCCCACGACCACAGAGCCUGACUUCAAUGAUCGCACGACCACAGAGCCUGACUUCAAUGAUCGCACGACCACAGAGCCUGACUUCAAUGAUCGCACGACCACAGAGCCUGACUUCAAUGAUCGCACGACACCAAAGGCCUUGACUUCAGCGAUUGCAACGACCACCACAGAGCCUGACUUCAGCGAUUGCACGACCACAGAGCCUGACUUCAAUGAUCACACGAACACAGAGCCUGACUUCAGCGAUUGCACGACCACAGAGCCUGACUUCAAUGAUCACACGAACACAGAGCCUGACUUCAAUGAUCGCACGACCACAGAGCCUGACUUUAAUGAUCACACGAACACAGAGCCUGACUUCAAUGAUCGCACGGACCACCAGAGGACCUGA